AUGGUCACCAACACCAAGGCGCCAGCCUACUUUAUCAGUCAUGGCGGCCCGCCCACCAUGUUCGAGCACACGCACCCUGCCUAUCAGCACUGGCUUGAAUGGGGGAAAGAAGUGCGCGCUCUGCACCAACAAGGCGUCAUUCGAGGACUCGUCUUUGUCAGUGCGCACUGGCAGCCCGAGGACCUCCGACAAGGUGUCUACGUAAAUGUCGAUGAGAAGAACCCGAUGGUGUAUGAUUUCUAUGGCUUCCCGGACCACUUUUACAAGCAAAGAGUGGAAUCUUCCAAUCCCUCGAGCAUUUCAUCACUGGUCCUCGGUCAUCUUCGCAGUCACGGAGUGCCGGCUCACCCCACCAAGCGUGGCAUCGACCACGGCGUCUGGUGUCCGCUCAAGGUUGCUUUCCAAAAACCUUUCCUCGAGGAGCUCACACCGGAGCAGCGCAAGACCCAGCAAGCUUCGAUCGAUACCCCUUCCGUCCUCCCUCCCACCUUGUCGCUCACUCAGGUCACUCUGCCCGCUUCCGACACUUCUAUCGACUCUCUCAAGCUCGGCGCAUCGCUCCGAGAUCUUCGUGACCAGGGCUUUGCUAUCGUAGGCGGUGGCAUGUCGGUGCACAAUCUUCGCGACCUCAUGAAAUCAUUCGCCCUGGCUGGCGGUCGUGGUUUUGGACAGCCCAAGCCCACUUCAUAUUCGGGCAGCUUCCUCAAAGCCUUAACCGAAGCAAUGAUCGUGCCACCUGCAGAGCGAGAUGAGGAAAGAUGGAGCAAGGCGUUGAAGCUCGAUCAGAGGGAUGACUUUCUGCCGGCCCAUCCCACUCCAGAACACUUUUUGCCGGCGCUCGUGGCAUUCGGUGCAGCUCAUGCCGACGAACAAGGCGUCGAGACGUUUUCAUGCGACGAAGGUCCGAUGGGAUGGAACAUGUACAAAUGGGGUUAA